UCUGCGCGUGCGCACGGGCGGAGGCGCGCGGAGGACUCGCUGGAGCGGGCAGGUGGAGGGAGGAGUGGUCCCGGGAGUAACUGCCAGGAGUUGGUGCGCCACAGGAGAUGACACAUGGGGUCUCACCACUCCUCUGCCCUCACAUUUUGUCAGCGAAAGAAGGAUGACAACCCGGAGGACUUGCUGGCUGAUAGAGAUCAGGAGGAAGCCAUCGCUCAGUUUCCCUAUGUGGAGUUCACUGGGAGAAAUAGCAUCACCUGUCACACCUGCCAGGGAGCAGGCUACAUCCCAGCAGAGCAAGUCAAUGAGUUGGUGGCUUUGAUCCCCCACAGUGACCAGAGGCUACGUCCUCAGAGAACAAAACAGUAUGUCCUCCUGUCAAUCCUGCUGUGUCUCCUGGCGUCUGGCCUGGUGUUCUUCUUUCUGUUUCCGCACUCGGUCCUUGUGGACGAUAACGGCAUCAAAGUGACACAAGUCACGUUUAAUGAACAGGACUCCCUUGUGGUCCUCGAUGUCACGGCCACCCUGAAGAUCAGGAACUCCAAUUUCUAUCCUGUGGCGGUCACCAACCUGUUCAGCCAGGUCCAGUACAUGAAGGCUGUGGUCGGCUCGUACACAACCACGAAUGUCUCACUCAUUGCCCCUAGGAGUGAGCACCUGGUGAAUUUUACCGUGAAGGCUGAGGUGGGAGGACCGUCUUCCUACGUGUACUUCUACUGCACACUCCCUGCCAUCCGGGUACACAACAUUGUGAUCUUCAUGAGGACUUCUGUGAAGAUUUCAUACAUUGGCCACAUAUCCCAGAGCACCUUGGAGACACAGCACUAUGUGGAUUGUGGGGUGAAUUCCACAGCUGCUCAGAGCCUGUUCUUGGUUCCUCGGGGGCCACACCUGUAGAAGGAAGCCUACCGUCUGUCCCUAUGGCUGGCCCACUUACCACAUGGCAUAAGUGGAGGAGGAGGAAGAAGAAACUGCUCUCUCAGCCCACAGAAAGCAUCCUCCCGCACUUAGGGGAAAGCCGCCCCUUCCAACGAAACCGCUGUCCAGUGCCUAGUCUGUGCCUAGCAAAUAGUUAGCACUCAACUGCGGGUUGAAGAAUUGGAUUCAGAUGUUCUGGCUGCUCUUGAGUCGUUAUAAGUUGAGAUGAACCAGGGUUCUAGGUUUUCAGACCAGAGUAACAUGAAGGUAGGGUUGCUAGUGCAGCUGCAGAGGUAUGGGUGUGGUGUCCGGGACACCCACCCGUGAGGAGCCCUCAGUGGCUGCCUCUGCAUCUGUUCCCUAAUGCCUCCCCCUCCCGCCAUACAAAGUGAUUACAGUCUCCCCCGCAAGGGUCUAUCGAAGGGCUUGACGGACCUUUGAUCCACUGGCUGGAUAUGGAUUGGGAAUUUGAUAGAAAAAUAAACCCUGCUUUUGAUUGA